ACGUGAAGCUCAAGACUAUUGGAACAUUUGAAUGUUUACUAAAUGGGGCUUAUGUUUACUAAAUUUAGGGAAAAUGCAGGGAGAGUAGAGAGAGUAUAAAAUGAAAUUAGGGAUUUCAGAAAUCACUAUGCAGAGAGGGUAAAGGUCUCGCGUCUCAGCCACGAUCAAAAAUAUACUCCGCCGCGCUUCCGUCGUCCCUACCGCCAGAGUGACCACCGCGACUGUGACCCACCACUUCAUUGUUUCAAUUGCUCCACUAGCUCUAUCUACCACUACAAAAUGAACAACCAACGUCCAAGAAGGACCAUAGAGAGCCCCAAUCUCUCUUCCAUUCUCCCGCACGAUUUGAUCGUUCGAAUUCUGUUGAGGUUACCGGUGAGAUCUCUGCUUCGUUUCAAAUCGGUGUCUAAGCCCUGGCUCUUUCUCAUUUCCGAUCCCCAAUUCGGCAAAUCUCGCUAUGACCUAGCUGCUGCACUCACCCACCGAUGUCUGGCAAAUCAUAAUGAUUCUGAAAUUGAGUCCAUAGAUAUAGAUGCAGCAUCACUUCACAAUUAUGAGUCUUCUGUAGUAAACCUCAAAUAUCCGCUUUCAUCACCCCCUCACGAGAACAACCCUGUUGAUUUCUUGGGUUCUUGUAGAGGAUUUAUACUUGUAGCCUAUGGACGGGGUAAUGUCAUUGUAUGGAAUCCAUCAACCCGUGUCCGGAGAAGAAUUGCAGACAACCUUGAAUGGAUGAAGUUUCACUUUUUAAAUGGUUUUGGAUAUGACACAUCAACGGAUGACUACUUGCUUGUUCGUAUAGAAGUGAAUCUUUGGGAAACCUAUAUUUAUAGUCAACAAGAUCCAGACAUUAUAACUAAUCAUCCUACUCGCAUUCGCCUUUUUUCCAUGAAAACAAAUUCCUGGUUUUACCUAGAGGGUGCUUAUGCUCAAUAUGCGGAUCUGGGGCAUUGUGAAUUCAAAGUUGGGUCCUUCUUGAACGAGGCUCUGCACUGGUUCGUUACCUCUGUUGAAACCAGUAAUCAUGCAAUCAUUGCCUUUGAUUUGGUAGAAAGGAGUUUGUCCGAGAUUCCUUUGUCUCAAAUUUUAGCCAGGGAAUUAGAAUGUAGAGAGUAUCAUUUGCGGGUCAUGGGCGAAUGUCUCAGCCUAUGUUGCCCGGGUGAUCAGUAUGACGUAGCUUCAAUGGCUGAGAUUUGGAUGAUGAAAAAAUAUAAAGUGCAGUCUUCUUGGACUAAGUUAUUUGUUUUUUCUACUUGUAACAUUCCCCACAACAUGUUUUUUCCAAUAUGUUUCACCAAACAUGGUGAAAUUUUUGGAUCAAACGGCUCUAGAAGCUUAAUGAUAGUUAAUGACAAAGGAAAGCUGCUUGAUGAAUGCUCAUUUGAUUGGUAUCGAGCGGAUUUACUUCAUUGUGGUAUGUAUAGAGAGAGUUUACUAUCACUCCCUAAUGACUUUGAGGAAGCAAGUGGUGUCUUAGAAGAAGCACGUGAAGAUGACCAGCUGACGAGUUCCUUGAAGGAGACAAGUUAAGAUGAUCAAUAGUAUCUGCCAAUAAGAAUUAGUCGGUGCCUCACUUGUUUCAGUACUGAUCCCAAAACCCUAUACCAUUAUCGAUUGAGAAGCUUUUAAGCUCUAUCUUCUCCACUGGAAAAUGAACAAGCAGCGUCCAAGAAGGAGCACAAAGAGCCCCUCUCUCUUCUCCCAUCUCCCUGAAGAGUUGAUUCCACAAAUUCUGCUGAGGUUACCAGUUCGAUCUCUACUCCGUUUCAAAUCCGUCUGCAAAUCAUGGUUGUCUCUCAUUUCUGAUCCCAAAUUCGGUAAAUCUCACUAUGACCUAGCUGCUUCACCCACCUACCGAUGUCUUACAAUAGCUAAUGAUUCUGAAAUUGGGUCCAUAGAUGUAGAUGCACCACUUCUCAAUUAUGAAUCUUCGGUAGUAAAACUCAAAUAUCCACUUCCACCACCCUGUAAGCUAUCUCUAUUUUCUGGCAACACUGUUUGGUUCUUGGGUUACUGUAGAGGGUUUGUAAUUGUAGUUUAUGAACAGGGUGAUGUUUUUUUAUGGAAUCCAUCAACUGGUGUUCAUAAAAAAUUUAAUAUUGCACAUGUUUCAGACUU